AUGUUGGAGCCGCCGCCCGCGGAGCCGCCGCCCGCGGGCAGGGACGUGCGGGACCGUCUCAGUCUGUGGGACCGCCGCCCGCAGCCCACCGCGCCGCUAAGCGACCGCCAGACCGAGUCGGUGCUGGAGCUGAAGGCGGCGGCCGAGAACCUGCCGGUGCCGCCCGAGCUUCCAAUUGAGGAUAUGUGCAGCCUGACGUCCCAGUCACUACCUGUUAUGCUGACGGCUGCGGUGCCAGAAUCCACAGAGGAUGUCCUUUUGAAAGGGUUUGCAGCACUGGGGAUGGAGGAUGAAAGAAUUGAAACAGCACAGCAGUUCUUCUCCUGGUUUGCUCAGGUGCAAACUCAGAUGGAUCAAGAUGACGGUGCCAAGUAUAGACAGAUGAGGGAUUACUUGUCUGGCUUUCAGGAGCAGUGUGAUGCUAUCUUGGAUGAUGUGAAUAGUGCCCUUCAGCACCUGGAGUCACUGCAAAAACAGUAUCUUUUUGUGUCCACAAAGACAGGAACACUGCAUGAGGCCUGUGAACAGCUUUUGAAAGAGCAGUCAGAACUUGUUGACCUGGCUGAAAACAUUCAGCAGAAACUUUCUUACUUUAACGAGCUGGAAAACAUAAACACUAAAUUGAAUUCCCCUACGCUGUCCGUGAACAGUGAAGGAUUCAUUCCCAUGCUGGCUAAGCUUGAUGAUUGUAUUGCGUAUAUUUCAUCACAUCCAAAUUUUAAAGACUAUCCUGUAUAUUUGAACAAGUUUAAGCAAUGCCUUUCUAAAGCUAUGCACCUUAUCAAGACAUACACUGUGAAUACACUACAGAACCUCACAACCCAGUUAAUGAAAAGGGAUCCUUCAGCUGUGCCAAAUUCUGACAAUGCCUUCACGCUAUUUUAUGUAAAAUUCAGAGCAGCUGCUCCCAAAGUCAGAACUCUAAUUGAACAAGUAGAGCAAAGAUCUGAAAAAAUGCCAGAGUAUCAACAAGUUCUCAAUGAAAUCCAUCAAUGUUACCUCGACCAGAGGGAGCUCUUGCUUGGUCCAAGUAUCGCUAGCACUGUUACAGAAUUAACCAGUCAGAACAACAGAGAUCAUUGUGCUCUGGUACGAAGUGGUUGUGCCUUUAUGGUCCAUGUAUGCCAGGAUGAACACCAGCUUUACAAUGAGUUCUUCACAAAACCAACACCAAAACUGGAUGAACUCUUGGAGAAGUUGUGUCUUUCAUUGUAUGAUGUCCUGAGGCCAAUGAUCAUCCAUGUCAUUCACUUAGAGACGCUUUCUGAACUCUGCGGGAUUCUCAAAAAUGAGAUGCUUGAAGAUCAUGUACAGAACAAUGCUGAACAACUGGGUGCAUUUGCAGCUGGUGUCAAGCAGAUGUUAGAAGAUGUACAAGAGCGUCUUGUCUAUAGGACGCAUAUUUACAUUCAGACUGAUAUCACAGGCUACAAGCCUGCUCCGGGCGAUCUUGCUUAUCCUGACAAGUUGGAAAUGAUGGAGCAAAUUGCACAGAGUUUGAAAGAGGAACAGAAGAAGCUGCCAUCUGAAGCUUCAUUUUCAGAUGUUCGGCUAGAAGAUCCCGAGUCCUGCAGUUUAAUUAAAUCUGGUUCAGCUGAAUCCCUUAAUCCCAGGCACCAGACCACGAUUUCACCAGCAGAUCUGCAUGGAAUGUGGUAUCCUACUGUCAGAAGGACUCUAGUGUGUCUCUCCAAACUGUAUAGAUGUAUAGAUAGGGCAGUGUUUCAGGGAUUAUCGCAAGAGGCCUUAUCUGCCUGCAUCCAGUCGCUGCUGGGAGCUGCUGAUUCCAUCAGCAAAAACAAGACCCAGGUUGAUGGACAACUUUUCUUAAUAAAACACCUUUUGAUUCUUCGAGAACAAAUUGCUCCUUUCCACACUGAUUUCACCAUUAAGGAAAUUUCCCUGGACCUCAAGAAAACUAGAGAUGCAGCAUUUAAAAUCCUGAAUCCCAAGACAGUUUCAAGAUUUUUUAGACUGAACAGCAACAACGCCUUGAUACAGUUCUUACUGGAGGGUACUCCAGAAAUCAAAGAACAUUAUAUCGACUCUAAGAAAGAUGUAGAUCGUCAUCUGAAAUCAGCUUGUGAGCAGUUUAUUCAGCAGCAAACCAAACAGUUUAUAGAACAGCUGGAGGAGUUCAUGACAAAGGUAGCUGCUUUAAAAACAAUGGCCACUCAAGGAGGUCCCAAUUACAGCCUAUCACAGCAACCUUGGGCACAACCAGCAAAGAUCAACGAUCUGGUCUCUUCCACUUAUAAGACAAUAAAAACGAAGCUGCCGUCAACGUUACGAAGCAUGUCCUUAUAUUUGUCCAAUAAAGAUACAGAAUUAAUUUUAUUUAAGCCAGUCAGGAAUAACGUUCAGCAAAUGUUCCAGAAACUCCAUGCUUUGUUAAAGGAAGAAUUUAGUAAUGAAGAUCUGCAAAUCAUAGCUUGUCCUUCAAUGGAACAGGUGAACUUACUAUUAUCGAUGUCUAAGUAACCCAGCAAUGAGGCUGCUUGAAAUAAGCUUCAGCUGAAUGCCAGGCAGUGAAGGAAACACAAAGACAUUUACUUGAAGUGGACAAAGAAUCUCGCUGUGCAGUCCAGUCUGCAUCAAAACUAUCCAGG